GCCAUGGCCUCAUCCAGUCCCACUGAGGGCACCACGCAGCCGGCCCUGCCCUCCGGCACUGCUGUCUUCAGAACCAUCCCCUACGCGUUCAUCCUGCCCGAGAUUUUCUGUGGGACCUGGGUGUGGAUCCUCGUUGCUGCGACCUCCGUCUCCUUCCCACUGCUGCAGGGAUGGGUGAUGUAUGUGUCCGUCACCUCCUCCCUCAUCUCCCUGCUGCUGCUCCUGAGCUACCUCUUUGGCUCACACAGAAACAGCGAGAACUGGAAAGUGCUGGACAGUCUGUACCACGGUGCCACAGCCAUUCUGUACAUGAGCGCUGCUGUCCUGCAAGCCAACGCGACCAUCCGCUCUGAGCACGAACUCAACUCACUUUACUACCACCUCAACAGUGCUGCAUCGUUAUUCGCCUUCAUCACGACCUUCCUGUACAUCCUCCAUGCCUUCUGCAUCUACUACCAGUGAGCCUGGCAGCACCAGCUUCACCUCUGCAGGAUGAGGGCUCCUUCCAGCGCAAGGGACGCAGCCGUUGUCCACCAAGGUGUCCCUGCCACCCCCUGUGGGAUGGCUGUUACCUUCUCACUUCAUGGAAGGAGGGAUGUGUGUACAGUAGUGUCACGUUGGUGUGCUUGUGGGGACAUUCCGUGCCUUGCCCAUGGGCUGUGCCAGGCAGCAGGCUCUGAGCCAGUCUCCUGCUCCAACCUUCUGCCAAGGAGAGAUGACCAAGGAAAGGAAAAUCACUGUUCCUCCAGCAAACAAUAUCGUUUCUUGUAUUAUUUUCCUGUCUCUGGUGCAGUCAGAUCACCCCCAAACCAUAAAUCCGUAACAAUAAUGUUGUGUUCCUUGACCUCUGGUAGCUUCAUUUGGCAUAUGCAGUACUUGGAAUAAAGUGUGGUAACCAG